AUGACGCGCCUGCCGGACGGGGCGUUCUUCCAGCGCACCUCUCUCGUCUCGGUCACCUCGGUCACCUUCCCGAGCAGCCUCGUCUCCAUCGGCCACGACGCCUUCGCCGGCUGCACCUCGCUCGUCUCCGUCGACCUUCCUGCAAGCCUCACCUCCAUCGGCAACGCCGCCUUCCACAGCUGCUCCGCCCUCGGCUCCAUCGCCUUCCCCGCCGACCUCGUCUCCAUCAGCUGGGGCGCCUUCUUCGGCUGCGCCUCGCUCGUCUCCAUCGACCUCCCUGCCGGCCUCGUCUCCAUCGGCCAUGACGCCUUCGCCGGCUGCUGCUCCCUCGGCUCCGUCACCUUCCCCGCCAGCCUCACCUCCAUCGGCGACCACGCCUUCGCCCGCUGCUCCGCCCUCACCACCGUCACUUUCCCUGCCGGCCUCACCUCCAUCGGCAAGCACGCCUUCUACCUCUGCUCCUCCCUCGCCCGCGUCACCGUGCCAGACACUGCCACGAUCGGCGACGAGGCUUUCGAUUCUGAGACCACCGUCCUCCGCCUCCUGCCCGCAAGCAUGCGCGACCUGCAGCGCUGGUACGAGGCGGUGGACGGGGCUCUGGCCUACAAGCGCUGCAGACCCCUCCUCUACGGCUGGCUAGAGCGGGCCCAGACCAGGCUCGGCUCUUACGGCCCGGACGGCGCGGCGCGCCAACGCGACCUCGAGGAGUUCGAGGGCGACUUUGGACACCUCGCGCUCCAUUCAGACUGA